AUAACCCAUUGGCUGAUAGAGUAACAAAUGAGAAGUAACCUGACUCCAUUGGCCUGCUUAACCCUGCAGGGAAUGAUGGGAAGGGGCAGCCGUUUGCUUUGAAACAGUGGAAACAGCCUGGGAAAAUGGAAGAUAACAUAUCUAACCAAAGACAGCGGACCAUGUCAACAACUGGAGAAGCUCUAUAUGAAAUCCUUGGUCUGCAGAAGGGAGCAACAAAUGAAGAAAUUAAGAAAACCUACAGAAAAUUGGCCCUGAAACAUCAUCCAGAUAAGAAUCCAGAUGAUCCGGCUGCUGCUGAAAAGUUUAAAGAAAUCAACAAUGCCCACACAAUACUCACUGACACGACGAAGAGAAACAUAUACGACAAAUACGGAUCUCUAGGACUCUAUGUGGCUGAACAAUUUGGAGACGAAAAUGUUAAUACCUACUUCAUGCUAUCAAGCUGGUGGGCAAAGACCCUGUUCAUCAUCAUUGGCCUCUUGACGGGCUGCUAUUUUUGUUGUUGCCUGUGUUGCUGCUGUAACUGUUGUUGUGGACGGUGCCGGCCCAAAUCAUCAACGUCAGAAGAGGACUUUUAUGUGUCACCGGAGGACCUGGAAGAACAGAUCAAGACUGACAUGGAAAAAGAUGAGGACUUUCCAGUUGUUCUCCAGCCUACCAAUGCAAAUGAAAAAACACAACUGAUCAGCGAAGGAGCUCGAAGUUACUUCACCGACUCUUAAUGCUGGGGCCUGCCAAGGGUCCACCUUCCUCCUCUCGGUUCAACCAGGGUCUCCAGGUGGCUGUGAGGGAGGGCGGGACAAGAAGUGCUGUGAAUGCAGACACAUUUGUUAUCAAUGUUAAGGUUAGAGAAAGAUGAUUACUACAUAAUCUUCUCAGUAUGAAGACUUUUUCUUUGAGUAGAAUUCCUAAUAAAACACACCUAGUUUGAUGAGUAAAGAUCUAAGGAAGCAUUUGAAGCUGCUUGCGAGG